AUGACGGCGCGGGCGAGCUUCUCCGACGUGAUUGCUCAGAUUCUGGAGUCGUCGCCGGCCGCGAGGAAGGAUCUGACCGACAACCACAGCAACUUCCUGCGCGUCGCGGACUACUGCGAGAGCAAUUACCUGCAGGCGCAGGAUCCCAGCAAGGCUAUAGAGGAAGCCAAGGCGUUGACGACCCAGGCGCUGGCCAGCGUCACCUACCAGAUCAACAGCCUGGCCAGGACCAUGCUGAGGCUGCUGGAGUCCCAGGCCCUGCAGGUCAAAGCUAUGGAGUCCUCCGUCUGCAUGCUGUCGCUGGACGCGGACAUCCACCUGGAGAGGAGGGCCCGGAAGGAGCUCUUUGCCCUCGCCGCCCCCGGGGCCCGGCCCCGUUACCAACCCAUGAUCCAGCCGCCGGCAGCCAGGGACCGCGAGGAAAGCUACGUCAGAGCGCCCAUCUGCUACUCCAGCCUGGACUCCGUCGGACACUGUUUCCAGGUCAUUGAGGAGCUGCCCAAGAAAGCAGAAGCCCCUGUAGCCAGUCGUGGCGUCGCUGUAGCUCCUCCAUCUGUCCCCACCUUCCACUCGGCCACCACCACCAGCCUGUCUGCUAACUCCUUGAAGCCCAGCACUCCUGCUCUUCAUUCACCGUCUCCUCCGUUCUCCAUGGAUCCUGGCAUCCCACGUCCUCCCUCCAUGGGCCUCCCCCCUGAUCUGCCUCCACCUUCAUCCACCAUCACACAGUCAGACAGUUUCUACCUGCCCCCACCUCCUCCUGAGGAGGAGGAUGAUGCUCUUUCCCUUCCUCCUCCUCCACCUCCACCACCAGGAUCAGGAGCUGGUUUCAUUCCUCCUCCUCCUCCACCUCCACCACCAGGAUCAGGAGCUGGUUUCAUUCCUCCUCCUCCACCUCCACCACCAGGAUCAGGAGCUGGUUUCAUUCCUCCUCCUCCACCUCCACCACCAGGAUCAGGAGCUGGUUUCAUUCCUCCUCCUCCUCCACCUCCACCACCAGGAUCAGGAGCUGGUUUCAUUCCUCCUCCUCCACCUCCACCAGGAUCAGGAGCUGGUUUCCUUCCUCCUCCUCCACCUCCACCACCAGGAUCAGGAGCUGGUUUCAUUCCUCCUCCUCCACCUCCACCAGGAUCAGGAGCUGGUUUCCUUCCUCCUCCUCCACCUCCACCACCAGGAUCAGGAGCUGGUUUCAUUCCUCCUCCUCCACCUCCACCAGGAUCAGGAGCUGGUUUCCUUCCUCCUCCACCUCCACCACCAGGAUCAGGAGCUGGUUUCAUUCCUCCUCCUCCACCUCCACCAGGAUCAGGAGCUGGUUUUCUUGCUCCUCCUCCACCUCCACCACCAGGAUCAGGAGCUGGUUUCAUUCCUCCUCCUCCACUUUAUGCUAGCACCUCUGGUAGUGUGCCACCACCUCCUCCUCCUCCACCCCCACCCCCUCCUUUCUUCCAUUAACAUCCAUGGUGACAGAGGUGACGUCUGUCACUGGGCAGGCUGGGUUUUGCCAUUAAAUGAAUGCUGCAUGUGAGAGCUUUGUGUGUCUGGUAUGAGCUCUGUAAGAAAAAAAAGCUUGAAGCUGGGCGUUUAACACUGAGCUGUAUAAUCUGCGUUGAAUUGCACAGUAUAAGCCUUAAAUGACAUUUCUCCCCAGGAGAAAAAAAUCCUCGUUCAAAGUGAAGCAAUCUGCUGCACUGGAACAUGUUUGAACAACACCUUGACUACAUUCCAGCAACACGUUGCAACAAGGACUCCUGCGUUUCCCCAUUUUGCUCUUUUACCUAUAAAACCUAGAAAAACAGACUCUUUAAAAGCCUUUAGUCCAAGAAACGUAAGGAACCUCUGACGUUUGUGUUUUGUUUCCUGCAACCACACAAGACCACCCAUUAAUAUAUGAAAUACAAUUUAGAAGAAAAUGUCUCGCUUGCUUUUAUUGCCACUUACAUUUAUUUCCAAACAGCAUCCCAUAAAAGCUCACACCGCACUAACACUGAGCUGUAUUGAUGUGGAGAAAAUGUUUCAUAACAGAAAAAAAUACAAUAAUUAUGUUUUUUUGAGUGCAAGAUUUUUUUAAUUUAAAAUUUAAUAAGACUUAGGAAACAGCACUGCCAUGUUUGAGAUUAUUCUGAAUAUCUGUCAUGUCUGUUUCCACUAAGUAAAAACAGGCUGUCUGCUCAGGAGGAAGAACUGGAGGACUAUUAGGUAAAACAUAACACUAUUCAUGUUUUCAACAUAAAGAUGAGCAAAUGUUCAUUUGAAAUGAAAAAUCCAUGAAGAACAUGACAACUUCUCACAACGUCCUGUGUCUUUAAACAGGAUAAUAACGCUGGAAAAUGCUCAGGUGAUACCUCCCUUAGUGACAUAUUGUGCUCUGACACGGUUUGACCCACAGGUCAGGAGCUUCACUGUUUCGCAUUCUGUAAUGAGGUAAGGCCUCGUCUCAGCGUAUUAGAAUCAGAACACUCUGUGCCAGCUGGACUAUUUGUGUUCUAUAUGUUUUUCUAAUUAUGUGAGCACAGUUGACUUUUACUUGAAGCUGUAACGAUUUAUAGGCUGAAGCGUCGCCGUCAGCAGUUGUUGACUCAUGCAGUCAAACAUUACGCUGGUCAUCGCGCUGCAGUGACUCACGCUCCUGUGUGUGUUUAUACAGAUUGUUUUUGAACGCAUCACAUAAUUUCACUGCUGUGAAAGGCAGGUUGUCGUGACUCCAGCCAUGACUGUGACUCCCUUUGCAUAUAUGUAAGUGUUCAAAGUUAAUAAAUGAACGUCUGCACACGGGAAGUGAACUGUUUGGUUUGAGAAUCUAAACGCAGACCCGUGUCCAGAUUCCCGGUGUUAACGCUGUCGAUGGCCGCGGUGCUCGUCUGCUUCUACCUGCAAGCAAACAAGACGAGAGCCUCGUUUAACAUCCCACCGAUGACUCGGCAGGACGGCGCCGCUUCGGGCGUCUGCUCCGUUUCUUUGGAAGGAGAUCAAACGGGCGACAGACUUCCUCCUCGCUACAGUGACGUUGACCCCCCCCCUCCGUACUCACUCGUACGUAAGCCUCUCUACUCACGCCAAGACAUCACCCAACAUGGAUCUCAAUGUUCAAACGUUCACAGAAGUGCUCAUUAGUGGUUGUUUUCUAGUUUGACCCCAGGCUGACGAGUGUUUGGACAGGAGGCCCACCGCCGGCCUACGGCCUCUACCCAAUGAUGCUGCCUCUGGCACUGCAUCACUGGGGGGACUCUGGAUCCGACCCACGCGUCCUCAGGCAGCAGUCCUGACCACACCAGCAUUCAUACGGAGUUGUCAUUAACAUGUUUAGUAGAAUGUGUGUAAUUUAAUAGUGCCAUUAUCAGGCUUUGUUCUUCACACUUUCAUUCACGGCAUGGUGUAAUUUACAUGAACAUGUGUUCACCUGCUUCUACUCAUCAGCACCAAGUGUUUCUCUAUGUUAUACUAUAUACUCUUUAUUACAACAGUAGUUACAGGUUCAAGGGAAAAUAAAAUAAAUAUUAAAUAAAGUUGC